AUGAUUUCAUAAAAUUAUCUAUAAACUGCUCUAACCAGAUUUAGAAUGGAGGCAAAUAAUGAUAGAGUAAAUUCAAUCUAGGUUGAAAACAUAUUGCGAAGUUUAAAUUAUAAUGACUCAUAAAUACAGUCAAUAGUCUCUUAAAUCAAAUCUGAAAUAGGUGAGAUGAUUAACUAUAUAGACAUUAAUUAGUUCCAAUAAUUACUUCAACCUGUUGAAUAAGAAAUCCCUAUUGAAAAAUUGACAUCUGAAUAAAUUUAUGCAAUUCAAGGAGAAUUUAAGUAAGCUUUACAUUUAUAACACAUUGAAAAAGUAAAGCAUAUCUUAAAUAAAUAUUAAAAAGAAGUAGAUUUAGUAAACAGAAUAGAUCCAUAAACAAGAUAAAUAUCUACGUUUAUCGCAAUUUAAGGGUCAGAUGAGGAAGUUUCAUUACAAUUACUAAAACUAUUAUGUGAGUUGGGGGCAAAUGUUAACUAUAAAGAUAAUCUAAAAUAAUCAAUCAUAUUUUAUGUUUGCAGAGAUGGUAAAACUAAAUUGUUUGAUUAUUUGAUAUCCUAAGGAAUAAAUAUAUCGGAUCCUGAUUCCUAUGGAUAAACUCCAUUGUUUUAUGCAUCAAGAGAAAACAGGGUUGAUAUAAUUUAAAAAUUUAUAAGAUUGGGUGCUGAUGUGGCUCAUUUGGAUACAUUAUCUUGUCAAACAGCUUUAUUUUAUGCGGCAAGCAAAGGACACUUUGAAGCUUGUAGAUUAUUGAUAGAGGCUGGAUGUCCAGUUAAUCAUUAAGAUAAUAAAAAAAAAACUGCGCUUUAUUUUGCAAAGUAAUCUUAGAAAAAGGAGGUGAUAGACUUAAUUACUGCAAGCAUGACAAAACAAAAGGAAGAUGUUCACUAAAAAAAGGAGGAAGUUGUCAAAGUUACUGAAUAAUAAAAGCAAAUUAAAAAAAAACAAAAAGAUGUACCAAAAUAAUAAUACAAAAUUUUACAUACUGAUGAUACAGGAUAAUAAAGAGAAUUAACAAAUGAAGAUUUUUCAAGGUUCCAAAGAUAAUAUCCAGAAAUUGCUCAAUUGAUUUUAAAUGCUGAUGAUAUCAUUGAUGAAAAUAUGAUUAAUUAAUGCAAAGAAGAUGAAACUUGGGAGAAAUUAGCCAAAAGAUUAAUUGCUUAAAUAUGGAAGUCAAAAGGCGCAUACUUCUUCCAUAAACCAGUUGAUCAAAAAGAAUAUCAUAUUAGUGAUUAUUUUGAAAUUGUUAAAAGACCCAUGGAUUUCGGAACAAUAAAAAAUAAAUUGAAUGUAAAUGCUUACAAAUCUUGCAGAGAAUUUCAUGCAGACAUGUUAUUGGUCUUUGAUAAUUGUGCACUUUAUAAUGGUACAUAAAAUGCAAUUGGACAAAUUGGAGUCAACAUAAGAAAUGAAUACUUGAGCCUUAAAGAUUAAUUUGGAUUAAGCAAAUAUUUAUGAUUCAAUUUUGCAUUUCCAUAAUUAUUACAAUAUAAACACCAAAAAAA